GUAAAUCACAGUGAAUAUACAAUGAAGAGUCUGCUCUUGAUUUGCUUACUAUGGGCAAGUGUCUGCUUUGGCAAGCCCUUGGAUGGGUUUGAUCGCCCAAAUGCGACUGGGAAUUAUUCCAACAUUCAAGCUGUCGACGGUUUAUUGAGAAAUGAAUCUUUCGACGAAGUAGUGCCAGAUGAGCAUUUAGAAGACAGUAAUGCUAAGUCAGACAUUGUGGUGCCAGAUGAUUUGGAUAACGAGGAGGAAUUCAUGGCUGAUUGGCAGAAUUCCGGAGAUCUCGAAAAUGAACUGCUUCCACCAUCGGACUCGGAAAGUCAGGUUCUAAGGCAGGCUGAAGAAGAAAACGGUGAUUGGAGAACACAAGGAGAAUUACCGCAAGGAGAAGAGCGAUCUUUAAUAGUACAGCGUCCUUCCCCAGCUGAACACGGAUCAGCAGAACAACAGGAAACACCUCAAAGUCACCAUGGACAAGCAUCGGAAGAAGAUCCAGAAAUUCAACGUCCACCACAAGGCCCAUCUCAAGGUGGAGCAGGAGACCAACGUUCACUACAAUGGGCAUCGGAAGAAGAUCCAGAUGAUCAACGUCCAUCACAAGGACCAUCUCAAGAUGAAGCAGGAGACCAACGUCCACCGCAAAGGGCAUCGGAAGAAGAUCCAGAAGAUCAACGUCCAUCACAAGGACCAUCUCAAGGAGGGAUAGAAGACCAACGUCCACCACAAGGGUCACCUCAAGGAAAACAAGACUUAUCCAUUAUUUUCUCAAUAGCUGGUUUUAGUGAUCAAUAUCCCUCGUUCACCUCAAGUAGGGCCAGAAGACCAACACCCACCACAAGAACCACCUCAAGGAAGACAAGUAGAUCAACGUCCACCACAAAGACCGCCUCAAGGAAGCCAAGGAAACCAACGUCCACCACAAGGACCACCUCAAGGAAGCCAUGGAAACCAACGUCAGCCACAAGAACUACCUCAAAGAGGACAAGGAGACCAACAUCCAUCACAAGAUCCGCCACAAGGAGGUCAAGGAGACCAACGUCCAUCACAAGGAUUACCUCAAGAAGGACAAGGAAACCAACGACCAACACAAGGACCAUCUGACCAGCGUUCACCACAAGGUGGACCGUCCCAAAGACCUCCUCGAGGCGGAUCUGGAGACUAAAGUCCAUCGCAAGGACCAUUUCAAGGAGGACCAGAGGCCCAAGAUGCUCGAGAGGAAAUUUCUUAAAAUACUGGGUUAUUAACUUGUAAACUUGUAACUUGUAAAAAUUACAACUCACUUUCAAAAAUAGCUCCUACAGCAAAAAGAUAUGUGAGAAUAAAGAAAUUCAUUCAUUAUUUUGA